UCGCUGAAUUUGAAAAUCAAUCAAAAAGAUUUAGCAGAAUCCAGAGACCAGAAACAGAGAGACUGAGAUGGCUACGAAACUUGGAACAUCUAUGGAGGAGGUGGAAAUCAAUAAUGAUAUCGGAGGAGAGAAUCAAUCUCGAAACAUCAAAUUAGAAGUCGCAAUUCGAUGCGCCAAAUCCGCCAUGCUGCUCUCUUCUCUCAAACGACAUCAUUCCUCCCACAGUUCCACCACACUCACCAAUGAUGACGAAAAAGUGGAGGAGCUGAAGAAAGAGCUGGUAAAGGCCAGAGUGAAGAAUAAGAAGAUGAGAACCUGCAGCUUUUACGAGCUUUGUCUCCAGAUCGCGCUCUUGUUCUCUCUCUGGACUCUGUGUUUGUUGAUCGCCUUCAAUUUUCUCCAUCAGUUCGCAAAUAAUUCUCCGCCAUAAACGAUCGACUGCGUCUAAUUGUUUGUAACAGUCAUGGAUUUUAGAUUCUGGAACUCUGUAAACAGGAAGGCGGUAGUAAUCUGUAUUGAUUGAAUUUCAGUAGAAGCUUUGAGUUUACUUGUAGUUGAAGUAGAAUAUCUAUCUCAAUUGAUAGUUAUCACAAAUAACGGGAUUUUGUUUGUUU